AUGCUUCAGGUGCCUGGACUCUGGACGGCCGAGCAGCAGCGGCGACAGGUGGCCGAAUUGUACAGGAACAAAGGCCUUAUUUGCCCGGACUACUUCCGCGCAAACAAGUGUCCUCGGGGGUCAACCUGCUCCUACAUCCAUAUUCGGGACGGCGAAACGAGGAAGGUGCCUCUUAGUGUGUGCCACUUUUACAUGAAACGCGCCUGCUUACGGGACAAUUGUAUGUUUUUCCACGGGACACAGACACAGCUGGACCAGCUUCAUGCAAUGGGUGCCGAGACGUACAGGCCGCAAGACUACAUGGCAUUUGCGGUCCCCCCGCCGGAGUUAAUGGGGAUGGACGGAGGUAUCGCACCGCAGGUUGUGCCUAUGCCGAUACCAGUCCCCGCGUCGAAUCUGGUCAAUCCGAUGCCGGUAAGCAAACCAGGGGCCCCUUCCCCACUUAUGCUGCUUCUGGUUGAUGUCGCGGCGACCACGCAGUACGGCAUGUAUUGGUCACCGUCUCCAGCCCAGACCGAGGCCCUUGUUCCGCCCGUGCCACUCACUGGAAUGACAGAUCCACGGAAUCCGGCUUUGACGCAGCCUUACACUGUUCUGCCGUUCUUCCAGUGA